CAUUCUCGUUGCCUCCUCUUUUUUUUCAAAUAUUCCAUCAUGGCCGUCUCUGACCAUCCUGCAGGUGUCCCGUUUGCCAGCCUGCUGCUCCUUCAUUCUCUAUUGCUAACUGACUGCAAUGGUCAGGCCGUCGCUCUAACUGCUGGUGAUACGGGACAAACAUAUCCAUUCAACGUGACAUUUGGUGAUGGACAACCUACAGCCAAUGUUACCAAUGUUACCUUAUACUUACCACACUGCUUUGUGUACAAUGGAUCAGGACCAUGGAUUCGACUAGAGAAGACUGAUGGUAGUCUACUGUUGGCAGAGUUACGUAACUUCUCAGGAUCUGCUUCUUUAAGUGUGGACAACGCAGCACAUCCUAUACUGACCACAUCAUACACUGGACUGUACCAUUGCAGAACAGUGGAUCACAACUCACCUCAAACAUAUCAACUCAACAUUGUAGCAAAGCUAAGUCGUACUUCUGUCACUCCUACAACAAUGGUUUUCAACUACACUGAUCUGAGAUAUGAUAUACCAUGUAAUACUGUGGGUUCAUCAGGCAUGAACGUCACUUGGACAUCCACUUUAGAUCUUAGAAAAAGAAUUUUGAACAGAUCAUCUCAAAAUGGACUGCUGGAAUAUGAGAACUCUACUUUCAGUUUUAUGGGAAAUGAUUCCAGCAUAAUGCUUACCGGAGAGAACCCAGCUGGUGUGAGGUUCAAUGUGACAUGCACUGCAGCAUACGAGACCAGUUUUAAUUGUAGAUUCGCUUCUGGAGGUGCAAGGCAGCCAUCCCAGGAUGUACUGGACCGAUGUGUUGGAGCAGUCAAGCCUUUGUCAACAGCGUACUCCAUCAUCAUUCAAGAAUCUCCAUCUGCUCCCCCGGUACGUCUGUACCACACCACUGAGCAUGUCAGAAGUAACUAG